CCAGGUGAGCUCACCGGCGACUCACCUGGGCGGGCUGCUUCCGCACAGUGCCAGGACGCGGCCGCCGCUGGGGUACACGCACCGCCGCUCGACGCCGACUGCACGCGCGUUUUCCUUCCGCGGAGAGCUCCUUCCGGAGCGUCUUUACGUACUCGAGUGCGACGCCAUGCGCCGGCGAUGAAGGAGAAGGUGCGACACAGGCGCCAGGCGCUGUUCCAGAUCACCAAGGUGCUGUGGCACCUGGACAUCUUCCGACGCAGCUUCCGAGAGCUGUCCGGCCAUGCGUGCAUGGCGGAGUCGUGCAUCUUCUGCGCUCUCAAGGAACUCUUUGCACAACUGCAGUUCAGCCAAGAGAGCGCACUUCCUCCAGAUGCAUUGCGGCGAGCUUUGGCAGAAUCGUUCUUCGACCAGCAGCGCUUUCAGCUGGGGUUUAUGGAUGAUGCUGCUGAAUGUUUCGAAAAUAUCCUGCUGCGCAUUCACUUUCACAUUGCAAGUGGUGAAGCAGAGGAUAUGUGCAAUGCUCGCCACUGUAUACCUCACCAGAAAUUUGCCAUGACACUCGUGGAGCAGAGUGUUUGUGGGGCUUGUGGUGCAACAUCUGAGCCCCUUCCAUUCACACAGAUGGUGCAUUACGUCUCAGCAUCUGCACUCACUGCCCAGGCACGUCAGACGUCUGCAACAGCUCUGCAUCCUGAUCUCUUUGGCCAGCUACUCAGGAAGGCUGGUGGAAUGGGAGAUAUUCGAGACUGUCCGAGUGCUUGUGGUGCAAAGAUCCAGAUAUGCCGCACACUGAUGAAUCGUCCAGAGAUAGUAUCUGUGGGAAUUGUGUGGGAUUCUGAACGACCCACACUUGAGCAUAUAAUGGACGUAUUUGCUACUGUGGGAACAACACUCCGAUUGUCAGAUGUAUUCCACAGUGUAGUGGAUCAUCGGUGGGCAGCAUCUACAGUGCACUGCCUUGUCGGCGUAGUUACUUACUACGGCAAGCACUAUUCCACAUUUUUCUUUCACACAAAGUUACGUGUUUGGAUCUACUUCGACGAUGCCACUGUUAGAGAAAUUGGCCCACGAUGGGAGCAAGUUGUGGAAAGGUGCCGCCGAGGGCGUUACCAGCCCCUGCUGUUGCUGUAUGCGGUUCAGAGUGGAACUCCGGUCCUGACGGACAGUGCUCCCAAAACAGUGACUCCUGUCCCAGUGGCCACAUCAAAAUGUGGGGCAGCAGUUGUUUCUUCACAUCCCCUACAGAGCCCUCUCCUCUCAUCUGCACCUAAUCAAAACCCAGUAAUGCGCAGGUCCAUUACGCCUAGUCCGGAAAAGACGUCGGCCUCAGUAAGUGGAACUACUGCCACACCUCGCAGAGCGAUAACACCUAGCCCGGAAGGGCCGCUGCACCAUUAUAACACACAGCAUCACAAUGGACAUCCGCAUGUUGUUAACAAACCCUACUGUGAGUAUCAGAACCUCAGUGACAUUCAGGAUGCUAUUUUCGGUGCUGAAAAACACCAAGAGGCAGACGAAGUAGACUGCGUUGCAAACAGAAUGGAACCCAGCUACAUAAGUCGCAAGGCGGUAGAAAAUGUGUUGACUUUUCAACAGCAGAAGAAACAACAGAUGGUUCUGCAAAGAUGCAACAGUGGUGGCAGCUACAAUGGAACACCUGUUGCAAGCCCAGAUGGAAUAAACAUUCCAGAGCAUCUGAAUGUCCCAAGGAGGAGAGACUCCGGCAACUGGAGCGGUGACAGGAACAGUGCUUCAUCGUCAUCCUCCACGUCAAUGGAGAAUCCAUACCUCUAUAUUGUUGGCAAGAUGCAACCGAGAGUGCAGGGAGGAGUACCACGAAGCCCAACUGGCAUUAAACCUGGAGAACUGUCAAGUUCAAGCAGUGGGCCAUAUGAUGCUGGAUAUGAUUCUUACUCACUGUCUUCCACCGACAGCUUACCUCUUCAGCAAGGGCUGAAAUACAAUCUGCAGUUGGCACAAAUACCAGAAGCAAACUGUGAACGACUCUGUGCUGAGGCAGAUCAACUUAUGGAACGCUCGAGAGCUGCUGAGGAAUCAGGUGACAUUCAGGCAGCACUGGGACUGUGCCAUGCAGCAACAGGGAGAGCACGUGCUGCCAUGGAUGCUCCCUAUAACAAUACUCAGACAAUGACCCUGGCUCGCAUGAAGCACAAUACGUGUGUAAUGCGACUCCGUUCGUUGCAUCGACGACUGUUAUUGCAGAGCCACCCUCCGCAGGAAGAUACCGCUGUCGAAGUGCGACACAACCGUGAAGGGAGCAGCUCCAGUACACGAGGGCCGGGGAAUAAAGCAAGCAGUGCUCAGCACACGAGGCAAAAUUCUCGUGACAAGACGUCAGCAGCACAGCAUUCUCGUCAGAACAGCAGGGAACUCUUGUCCAGCACAGCUGAGAAGAAUAUUGAAAUUUAUGCCACUCUUCCAAAGAAAAAGGCAGGAGGUACAUCACGUAGUGGUGGAAGUGGGAAAACACGAGACAGUACAAAUGUUGUGGAAGAUGAAGAAUAUAUGUUACAUAACAGAACAGGCAGAGAAAGAGGUAUAAUUAGAUCUGUUAAGAAGAAAGACGAUGAUAUGAAAACUCGUGAAAAAAGGGCCAGAAGUGAAGAAAGGAACAAAAAUGGCAAGGAUUAUUCCUUAGCGAGUAACUCCUUAAUAACGAGUUCAACAAAGGAAACCACCAACAAGAAGGACAAAGCAAAGAACAGUGAUGAAAACAGUAAGAAAAAUCCUACACCUGAAGCAAAACAAGGGAAAAAACAACAUAAAAUUCGCCGUAAAUUACUAAUGGGUGGUCUCAUACUGCGUCGUAAAAAUCGAUCGAUGCCAGAUUUGAGAGAAGGCCAGGAAGGUGCAGAAAAUGACUCAAGGGGUGGUGUGGCCACAGAACAGAAAGGCAUUCUAAGUAAUGUUAAAGCUUCUCAAGAUGACAGCAGUGUGGGUCUCAAAGGAUCAGAAAAAUCAAGUACACUGUGUGGCUAUUUGUCUGAAGGACAUUUGGAAUACACAGGUGGUGGCAAUCCGAACCUAGAACGAAGCCGUCUUAUGAGGAAGAGCUUUCAUGGCAGUGCAGGCAAAGUACUUCAUGCUGCGAAAGUUCCUCCACCCCCACCACUUCGAACGACUUCCCAGCUGACUGCCAAGAUUGCACCUGAAUUAUGUCAGCCAGGUGCUUUUGAAAGGCAACACUAUCCAGUACCCCAUGAAGCAAGUUUACAGUCAAAUGGGAAGAAUUCAAAUAAUCUUCCACAAGCAUAUUGUCAAAUGCCUCUUACGGGACAGGAUGGUGUGAAAAUGAAUCCGCAAAAUAAUCGAAGUCCUUACAGUUAUAAUUUUGAUCCACAAUCUUUAUCUUAUAUUCAGGCAUUUAAUGCUAAUGCAACUAAUGCUGUAGAAGAUCAGCUACCUCAAAUGAUCAACAACGAGGCUGUAACAUAUGCAAAUGGAGGUGCUCUUUAUGGUAUGGCUCAGUUUUCAAACAAUAACAAGGUGGUGACCCAAGCAGAAGUACAUAAUGAACAGAAUAGUAUGUCUCCAACAAAUGAAAAUGUUGCUUCAUUCAAUCAGGCUCAACAGAAUUCCUCUUCAAAGAACAAUGGAGAAAGCUCUAUUCUUGCUGAAGAUGGAAGCACAGGUCAGAACUUGCCACUUCCACCAUACCCAAGUCCUGUAAGCUCUGUUGCUCACUCCAGGCAAGCCAGUGAAGAUUUCCCACCUCCACCCCCACCUUUAGAAAUUGAAUUAACAACUGAAGCAAUAAACAAACUUUCAGUCUCUGCUGAGGAAGUGAGUGGCUCUCCUAAACAGCAAAAUCAGAUGACGCAGCCACAGCACACUCAACAAUCUUAUCAUCAGGUUCAAAUACAAAACCAUAUUCAACUUCAGAAUCAGCAGCAACAGUAUUCAGUUAUGCAGCAACAGCAGAAUCAGCAACUCCACCAACACUUGCAGCAUUUGCAUAUGCAACAAACACAACAGUUGCAUUCUACUCCACAGUUCCAACAACAGCAGAAGCACCAUAUUCAUCAGCAGCAGCAGCUCCAGCACCAGCAGCAGCAGCAGUUACAGCAACAGCAACUUCUGCAACAGCAACAACAGCAGCAGCAGCAGUUACAGCAUCAGCAGCAAUUACAGCACCACCAACAGCAGCAGCUCCAACAACAGCAACUCCAGAACCUCCAUCAUCAACAGCAAUUACAACAUCCACAGAUUCAACAUCAUCACCAGCAGCAGCAAUAUCAGCAUCACCUCCAAUAUCAACAACAACAAAUGCAGUAUCAACAGCAGCAGCAGCAGCAGCAACAACAACAACAACAACAACUGCAGUACCAGCAGCACCAGCAACAGCAGAUUCAGUAUCAGCAAAAGCAGCAUCAUAUUCAGUAUCAGCAACAGCAACAACUCCUGCAGCAUCAACAACUACAAGGUCAGCAGCCUCAACAUCCAACAUAUCAACAGCAACUUCAGCAGCAAAAGCAGCAGCUUCACUACCAACAACAGCAGUCUCAUGGUCAACAGCAGUCUCAUGGUCAACAGCAGCCUGAGUUACAAGAACACCAAGUUCAGCAACAAAAGCAAGAUACUCAGCAACAGGAACAGAGUCCAAGUAGUCUACUUAUUCAGCUUCAGCAAAAAAGGCAGGAGAUUCUAGCUAAAGAGGCUAGAGACACUGAGCCAGAAAGUUCUGCUCCUGCUAAGUCAGGUGAAGAGUGGCUGAGAGAAUUGCAAGCCAAACAAGCAGAAAGAAAGCUUAAGAAAUUAAAAAGUCAAACUGACAAUUCAGCAAGUAGAGUGGUGCAGGACAGCAGUAUAUCUAAUUCCACCGAUACGAGUGAUAAAAAAGUUUCGUCUGUAAAAGAUUUGGCUUCUAGAUUUGAGAGUAUUCGAACACAAACACCGUGCAAAAGUGUUUCAGAAAACAGAGUUACGGAAAGUACCAUUAAUACAGUAAAUCAAGAUGGAGACAGAGUACCUGCUGUGACACAUGAGCAUUUGUCUCCUGGUGUUCAGGUGUCAGCUAAUACUAACAGUGGUGUACAUCAGAAUACAUCUGUAGAUAAUACUAAUAGUUUUCUAUCGUCUUGUCCACCAAACUUACGAGAAAACAGAUCUGACAGUGCUUUUGACACAGGCAUCCUUUCGGUCAAAAAAAGGAACAGCAGUGUUCCUGGAGGACUGGAAAGUGUUUCUGCAUUAAAAACACAUGAAAAUUCUGCAGGAUUGGAUGUAAGUGUUUCAUUUGCGGAACUUAAAUCGGAAGGUCUUAACAGCAGUUUUGAUACGAAAGAAAGUAGAAGAAAAAGUGGAAAGAAAAAGAAUGUGACUUUCUGUGAUCAGGUUAUUUUGGUGGCAACUGCUGAAGAUGAAGAAGAGGACAGUUACAUUCCCAAUCCAAUAUUAGAGAGAGUUCUUCGCUCAGCUUUCCACAAACCUGAUGCACAUGUCGCACAACAUGAUGUACAGAUAGAAGUAAGAAGCCUUCAGGGGACGGACAGUCAGCAGGAAUGUAAUGUACAUAUGAAAGCAAUGGAAGUGACUUCGCAGCCAAGUAACAUGGCCCAAAUAAAUGCAUACACUGAUAACAGGAAUGCACAACCUUACGGUCAGCCAUGGAUGCAAGACCCAAAGCUAGCUGGUAGUCCAUCAUUUCAGGACACACAAAGGCUACCAGCACAGCCAACUGAAUAUUCUUCAGAUCAGAAUAGAGGUAAAUUACUGCAUCAUCAGUCUACAGACACCAUUAGAGGUCAUCCCUCACAGUUAGCAAAUCAUCAGUAUCCACCCCAAUACCCACAAACAUUUCAACAGCAAAGGACUGUUUCAUUAUCUCAACCUCAUACAAAAUAUCCCAUACCAGAAAUGAGUUCAAAUGCGUUGUACAAUGACAGUGCAAAUUUCAUGGAUCAUCAGUAUCAGAUGCAGGCAGGGCUACCCCAACAGGGAAAUGCAAUUGGUCACAAUGCAUUUCCAAAUAAGGACAAUGUCAGCAACAUUGCUAACAAACAACGGUAUUCUGGUGUCAGCAAUCCUGUGAUUCAAAAACAACCUUAUGACUCUGUGCAUCCCUCAUAUCAGCAGAUGUCAGCUUCUCAGCUGCCAGGAGGACACACAAAAACAUUGCAGUAUGUCACAAAAGCACAAGCUGCACCAGUGGAUCAGGCACGGACUUCUGUGGUCAGAGCCACACCCUGCAAUUUGUGUCGUAAAAAAGUUGUAGUUCCUCCAGCAAUUUAUUGUGCAGACUGUGAUUUCUAUAUGUCGAGGUUCCGUCCAAGAAGCUGAGUUUUCAUUUAAUGGUGGAAAUGUGUAAUAUAGUUAAUUAAUUCAGAGACUUAUUUCUGUUUUUAAAGGCAAACUAUAAAGCAGUGCUUUGUUAUUUCUGCAAACAGAAAGUAAAUGAACAGUAUUGAUAGUGUGUACAAAAUUCUUUAUGAACUCAUGUUGAUAAGUGUUAUAAAAAUGCUUGAUGCAUACUGGUGUGAAACUACUCAAUUUUAGACACUGACAAAUCAAAAAACUUUAUUUUUUGUUGUGAAAUUUGUUCUUAAUUUAUGUGUAAUAGUGAAAAACAAGUCUGAGUCUUCAUAUGUUAAAUAUCAAUUUCCAUAGUACACAGCUAAAUUUUAAGGUUAGUGUUGUUCUACACAGAACAGAACCAUUGUACCUGAAAUAAAUGUAGAAUCAAAUUAGAUUGUCACAUAGAGGUUCAAUUGGUGUAAUCAUAUAGGAAUUUUUAUGUGACAGUAAUUUUGAUCUCAUUAGUUCUAUAUAAUUUUGUAUUAUAUUUUUGUAAAUGUAAUUUUAAUAAGAAAAAAUAAAACUUUUAUUAUCUUUUUGUAAUUCUGUGGUUACUGUACAUGCAGUGCUCAGAACAAAAUAAGAGUACUGAAUAAAAUCCUGCAAUAAUUUACUAUUAUCAAACAUCUGCGUUAACCUAUACAAAGGGUUGCAGUCUCAAGAUGAAUCCAACAUGCAUGAGCUGCAGACCCAAACCAGUAUUUCAACCGUUUGAUAGUCAGAUAAUAAAUCACAGUGGCCAGUACAAUUCUAACAACAAAGAGAAAUUUAUUGCAAAAAACCAAUUUGUGUUCUACAGUGAGGUAAAAGCUUUUCCAUGUCAC